CGGACCCGGACACUUCCGAGGUCGUAUUGAAGAACUCGAUGGAGAAAGGCUACGUGACUCGAUUAAUUCGCUCGGUGAUCGGCAACGGCAAUAUAUUUGCUGCAGUGGACAUAUGGCGGCCGCGACGAAAAAUUUUAGCACCUGUCUUUAGUAUGAAGAAUCUAAACCAAUUUGUAAAAGUGUUUAAUAAACAAAGCAUGAUCAUGGCCGAAAUGCUGGGGCCGAUGGCUGGAGGCUCUGACUUCUCCGUGUGGAGAUAUUUUAAUACGUACACAUUCGAUUCAGUUUGCGAGACCACCUUAGGCAUUGAUUUAAACAGCCAAAAGAACCCAGAGCACAGUUUUCUCGCGGCCUUCGACUGGCUGUCGCAAGACGUGGCAAAGCGAAUGACGUCCCCGUGGCUGCACCCGGACUUGGUCUAUCAGCGGCUGCCGAAGUACAAGAAGUUUGUCUACCACAGACAGAACAUACAUAACUUUAUUGACGAGGUUGCCGACCGCUGCACUAAUGCAAUGAGAUUAACGAGGUGCAAAUACGAUCUACAUUAUUGUCUACGUGUUUUUACAGCAAUCAGCGCAAGAACUUUCUUAGACAUGAUGAUAGAGUCAUCCGGUCGGUUCGAGCAGAAGUACUCCGACCUGGAGUUGCGCGAGGAGUUGAUGGUGAUCGUGUUGGCCGGCACCGACACCUCCGCCGUGGGCGCCUCCUUCGCCGCCGCCAUGCUGGCUCGCCAUCCCCGCGUCCAGGAGAAACUACACCACGAGUUAGAUAUGAUAUUCGGUGACUCGAACCGUGAUUUGACCGUGGAAGAUUUGCCGAAGCUCAAAUACAUGGAGGCGGUCGUCAAAGAGAGUUUACGGUUGUACCCUCCAGUGCCCACCACGGCGAGAGAAGUGACCGAUGAUGUGACAUUACGGACUAACUGCCUUUUUAACGAAUUCGCAGCUUCUGGUACAACCUUGGUGGACGGUGUGACUGUGAUACUGAACAUCUGGGCGACGCACCGCAACCCCACCUUCUGGGGAGCUGACGCGGAGCAGUUCCGCCCGGAGCGCUUCCUGGAGGCGCCGCUCAAGCACCCUUCGCAGUUCCAACCCUUCUCGCUUUCCAUGAGGAACUGCCUUGGAUACAACUACGCUAUGAUGUCGAUGAAGACAAUGUUGGCCAACAUGCUGCGCCGCUACAGGAUACUGCCGCCUUCCGACAUGGACGAGCACAAGCUCCAGGAACCCUUGAGGGUCUCAUUCGACAUCAUGAUGAGGGACAUGGACAACUACGAAAUAAGGCUAGAGGAUAGAACAAUAAACCAGAUCAGCAAAGGAAGGCGAAAUUGA